AUGUCAGGGCGCGGGGGCCGCGGCCCUUGCUGGGGGUUGCUGCUGGCGCUGGCGCUGGCGCUGGGCGUUCUGCCCUGGACGCAGGGCGCCGAGCAGGAGCAUCACGGCGAGGUCCAGGGCUUCCAGAUAGUCACGUUCAAAUGGCACCAUGUCCAGGACCCGUACAUCAUCGCGCUCUGGGUCCUCGUGGCCAGCUUGGCCAAGAUCGUCUUCCACCUGUCCCACAAGGUCACCAGUGUCGUCCCCGAGAGCGCACUGCUCAUCGUGCUGGGCCUGGUGCUGGGCGGCAUCGUCCUGGCCGCCGACCACAUCGCCUCCUUCACGCUCACGCCCACCGUCUUCUUCUUCUACCUGCUGCCGCCCAUCGUGCUGGACGCCGGCUACUUCAUGCCCAACCGGCUCUUCUUCAGCAACCUGGGCAGCAUCCUGCUGUACGCCGUCGUGGGCACCGUGUGGAACGCGGCCACCACCGGGCUGUCGCUCUAUGGAGUCUUCCUCAGCGGCAUCAUGGGAGAACUGCGGAUCGGCCUCCUGGACUUCCUGCUGUUCGGCAGCCUCAUUGCCGCCGUGGACCCUGUGGCCGUGCUGGCCGUGUUCGAGGAGGUCCACGUCAACGAGGUCCUGUUCAUCAUCGUUUUCGGGGAGUCGCUACUAAACGACGCCGUCACGGUGGUGCUGUACAACGUGUUCCAAUCUUUCGUGACACUGGGUGGUGACAAGGUGACAGGCGUGGACUGUGUGAAGGGCAUAGUGUCCUUCUUCGUGGUGAGCCUGGGGGGCACGCUGGUGGGGGUGGUCUUCGCCUUCCUGCUGUCACUGGUGACACGCUUCACCAAGCACGUGCGUGUCAUUGAGCCCGGCUUCGUCUUCAUCAUCUCCUACCUGAGCUACCUGACGUCCGAGAUGCUGUCCCUGUCGUCCAUCCUGGCCAUCACCUUCUGCGGCAUCUGCUGUCAGAAGUACGUGAAAGCCAACAUCUCGGAGCAGUCGGCCACCACGGUGCGCUACACCAUGAAGAUGCUGGCCAGCGGGGCCGAGACCAUCAUCUUCAUGUUCCUGGGCAUCUCGGCCGUGGACCCGCUCAUCUGGACCUGGAACACGGCCUUCGUGCUGCUCACGCUGCUCUUCGUGUCUGUGUUCCGGGCCAUCGGUGUCAUCCUGCAGACCUGGCUGCUGAACCGGUACCGCAUGGUGCAGCUGGAGCUGAUCGACCAGGUGGUCAUGUCCUACGGCGGCCUGCGCGGGGCCGUGGCCUUUGCCCUGGUCGCGCUGCUGGACGAGAGCAAGGUCAAGGAGAAGAACCUGUUCGUCAGCACCACCAUCAUCGUCGUCUUCUUCACCGUCAUCUUCCAGGGCCUGACCAUCAAGCCGCUGGUGCAGUGGCUGAAGGUGAAGCGCAGCGAGCACCGGGAGCCCAAGCUGAACGAGAAGCUGCAUGGCCGGGCUUUCGACCACAUCCUCUCGGCCAUCGAGGACAUAUCCGGGCAGAUCGGGCACAAUUAUCUCAGGGACAAGUGGACCAACUUCGACCGGAGGUUCCUCAGCAAGCUGCUCAUGAGGCAGUCGGCCCAGAAGUCUCGGGACCGGAUUCUGAACGUGUUCCACGAGCUGAACCUAAAGGAUGCCAUCAGCUACGUGACCGAGGGAGAGCGCCGAGGCUCCCUGGCCUUCAUCCGCUCCCCGAGCACUGACAACAUGGUCAACGUGGACUUCAACACUCCGCGCCCGUCCACCGUGGAGGCCUCCGUCUCCUACCUCCUGAGGGAGAGUGCCAGCGCCGUGUGCCUGGACAUGCAGUCGCUGGAGCAGCGGCGGCGCAGCGUGCGCGACGCAGAGGACGUCAUCACGCACCACACGCUGCAGCAGUACCUGUACAAGCCUCGGCAGGAGUACAAACACCUGUACAGCCGGCACGUGCUGAGCCCCAGCGAGGACGAGAAGCAGGACAAGGAGAUCUUCCACCGCACCAUGCGCAAGCGGCUGGAGUCCUUCAAGUCGGCCAAGCUGGGCCUCGGCCAGAGCAAGAAGGCGGCCAAGCUGCACAAGCGGGAGCGGGAGCGGGCGCAGAAGCGGAGAAACAGCAGUGUCCCCAACGGGAAGCUGCCGCUGGACAGCCCUGCCUACGGCCUCACCCUUAAGGAGAGAGAGCUGGAACUUUCAGACCCCGAGGAGGCCCCCGACUACUACGAGGCUGAGAGGAUGAGUGGGGGGAUCGAGUUCCUGGCCAGCGUCACCAAGGACACGACCUCCGACUCCCCUGCAGGAAUUGACAACCCUGUGUUCUCCCCGGACGAGGACCUGGCCCCCAGCCUCCUGGCCAGGGUGCCGCCCUGGCUGUCUCCCGGGGAGGCCGUGGUGCCCUCCCAGAGGGCCCGCGUGCAGAUCCCCUACUCCCCGGGCAACUUCCGCCGCCUGGCGCCCUUCCGGCUCAGCAACAAGUCGGUGGACUCGUUCCUGCUGGCGGAGGACGGCGCUGAACACCCCGAGUCCACACACAUGUAA